GACGCAACUACGUGGGAUUAUUUUAAAUAGGACAAGAUGGCCGAGGUUAGCGGGCUGAGGAAACGGAAUCAUUUCGAACAAAACCGCAAAAGACACGUCUUUGACGAAGGUGCGGGUGGUGUGGAAGAUGUUCCUCUGUCCCUGCCAGAUCGGAAGCCUCCUCCCAGGAUGGCGCCUCGGGCAGAGGCGGAUAGCGAGACAGACGAGGAGUGGGAACAGACCCCAGAGCUGACUGCUGCCUAUCAGAGUCCUGCCAAGGAGCAACCUGUAGAAGAGAAGGCACGGCCCAUCCAGAUUGUCCUGGCUCACGAAGACGACCACAAAUUUGAGCUGGACACGGCAGCUCUGGAGAAGCUCUUACUGCAGGAGGAUGUCAGAGACCUUAAUGUGGUGGUGGUGUCAGUGGCUGGGGCCUUCCGUAAGGGCAAGUCCUUCCUGCUGGAUUUCAUGCUCCGAUACAUGCUCAACCAGCAGCAGGAGCAGUCAGACUCGUGGGUUGGGGCUGAUGAUGAGCCGCUGACAGGGUUCAGCUGGAGAGGAGGCUGUGAGAGGGAGACCACAGGGAUCCAGGUCUGGAGUCAGGUGUUUGUGGUCAACAAGCCGGAUGGGAGCAAGGUUGCUGUUCUGCUAGUGGAUACACAAGGAGCCUUCGACAGCCAGUCUACCAUAAAGGACUGUGCAACGGUUUUUGCCUUGAGCACCAUGACCAGCUCUGUACAGGUGUAUAACUUGUCCCAGAAUAUUCAGGAGGAUGAUCUUCAGCAUCUCCAGCUCUUCACAGAAUACGGCCGGCUUGCUUUGGAGGAAAUCUAUCUAAAACCCUUCCAGUCUCUCAUGUUCCUCAUCAGAGACUGGAGCUAUCCAUAUGAGCACAACUAUGGACUGGAGGGAGGAAAACGCUUUCUAGAGAAGAGACUGCAGGUGAAACAGAACCAGCACGAGGAACUGCAGACCGUGAGGAAACACAUCCACUCCUGCUUCUCCAACAUCGGUUGCUUCCUAUUGCCCCACCCCGGCCUCAAAGUGGCCACCAACCCCAUGUUUGACGGCAGAUUAAAAGACAUUGAUGGUGACUUUAAGGAGGCACUGGGUAAUCUGGUGCCCUUACUGCUGGCUCCUGAGAACCUGGUGGAGAAGGAGAUUGGAGGGGCUAAAGUGACCUGCAGAGAUCUAGUGGAGUAUUUUAAGGCCUAUAUAAAGAUCUAUCAAGGGGAGGAGCUUCCUCAUCCUAAGUCAAUGUUACAGGCAACGGCUGAAGCCAACAACCUUACAGCAGUUGCUGGAGGAAAAGACACUUACAGCAAAAGCAUGGAAAUGGUGUGUGGAGGGGACAAGCCCUACAUCGCCCCUGCAGACUUGGAACGCUGCCACGAGGAGUUCAAGGAGUGCUCGGUGCGUCAGUUCCGCUCUGUGAAGAAGAUGGGAGGGGAGGACUUCUGCAAGAAAUACCAGGAGCAGCUGGAGGGCGAGCUGGAUGAGGCCUACUCCAACUUCCAUAAGCACAACGAGGGCAAGAACAUCUUCUACGCUGCACGCACACCCGCUACGCUCUUCGUUGUCAUGUUCACCACCUACAUCGUCUCAGGGCUGACCGGCUUCAUCGGCAUGAACACUAUAGCCAUGCUGGCCAACCUGGUCAUGGGCGUGGCUCUCAUAACUCUCUGCAUGUGGGCCUACGUCAAAUACUCAGGGGAGUUCAGAGAUGUGGGCACCAUCAUAGACCUGUUGGCAGAGACACUCUGGGAACAGAUGACUGCCAGAAAGGUGCUUUCCAAACUCUUUGAGUUGGCCAGGAGUCGAAUCACGUGGCACUCUUUCCUACCAUCAGCAGCAAUGCAGAGAAAGAGACUCCCCUCAAACAACAAUGACAAGAAGACUCACUAACUUUCUAGCUAGCUGCUUGGCUUUUUAUUUCCAAAUGCAUCUGCAGUCCACUCUUGUCAUUCCUUGUGACAUAUGGGGCUGGUCUUAAUUACAGGGAGGUUGUUUGCCUAGUUCAUUCUACAUGUAGAAUAUGCAGGUUGGCACUCCCUAAUCUUCUGAUUGUAAUCACAGCAGGCCCACUGGAAUUGGCCUACUGACUAGUCUUAAAUCAUCUCAACAAUUAUUUUAUUUUUUAAUCCAUUUGUUCACUUGUCAUUCCUUGUGGCCUAUGGGGUCUGUUUGUCAUUACAGGGAGGUUGUGGCUGGUCUUAAUUACAGGCAGGUUAUGUCUACGUAGUUCACGCUGUUCCAUGUAGAAUGCAGGUAGAAUGCAGGUUGGCACUCUCCCUACUCUUCUGAUUGUUAUCACAGCAUCAUAGAUUUUUGUUUUAGCCAUUUGUUCAAUUGCCAUGAUUGGAGUUUAGUUUUUGCAAUGUUUUAAAUGAUCAUGCAUGUUUUCAGUCUGUUGGACAGAAUCUCUUCUCCCUCCAUUUGUCCUCAUGUUUUCAUUUCUAUUGAUUUGAUUUUGUCUCAUGUCAUGUCCCUUUGUGCUCUCCUCUUCCCUCCUCUCCAGGUGUUGAAGCCACUGAGUGCGCAAUAUAUGGAGGAUAACGUUAGACAGACUGUGGUUAACUCCAUCAGAGCCAGUCUGACGGAACAAGCCACACAGCACGCAAAAUUAAAGUCACACUGACCCCUCCUCCUGCUAUUACUCUACCAUCCACUCACCCCACCCCUUCACUCAGUGCUAAAUACUAGGACUGUGGCACUGUGCAAACCAAAGUUUACCCUGCACAGGCCCAGCCAGCCUCCCUGUCUGCUGUAGUGGCCUGUCUUACUGCUGGCUACACUACUCUUGGACCCCCCCUGUUGGAAGGUGGACAAUCAGCGAGUUAAGAAGUAGUUGCCGGUCUGCUCUUACCUUUACCCCCCCCCAUACACGCCUAUGUCAGGAUUUUAAAUUAUGACGAGGUUGUUAGGCACUUGCUUGGUUUCAAGGUUAAUUCAGGGAGUCACAGCUCUUUGAUGGUGUGCCAUUGGAUGCAAGAUGAACUGUCUGCAUAGUAAUGCAUACUAUAGCCCAGCCAGUGUUCCUACCCUCUCUCCUGAUGCUGUUUGGUUAACAGGGGUGGAUUUUGAAAUCCUUUGAGCCUCUUUAGUUUAAAGAUACUGAUGUUUAAUCUUGCUUUCGUGUCUACCUACCAGUGUUAUCUACUGCAUGGUAUUAGACAAACACAGCAUAGCACUAUAAUAGGCCCUAGAGCUCAAUCUAUUGUGCUUAGCAGGGGAAUGUAAUUAAGACAGUUUCAUUAAUUUGCCUUUCUUGAAAACCUACAGGACAGUGGGGGUGAUCAAUGGUAUUGCACAUGUAGUUUUUCUUGUCAAUACAGCACUAAUGAUAUCAGUUAGGUCAACGCUUUUGUACCAAUUCCAUCCACAACUGUCUCGCCUAGGAACGCGGCAGUUGUUACAGUUCAUUUAAAAAAAAAUAGGGAAUGAUGUGACACAUUUUACACUUUGUAUAAAUUCUAUAGUGUUGGCGGGGCGUUUUGUUGUUGAUUGGCCUAGUGUGGUUUAAGGAAUGGUCUUAGUUGCAUCUUUUUCUGUGAUCUACUAUACCGGUAUGUAAACAAACUCUAGGCUAGAGCAUUUAGAUUCCACCCCGGACAAAGCUUUCUGGAAUUUGAUGAGUGGGUCGAGAUUGUCUUUUUAAAUCACUUCCUGUAAUUUAUUUUUCAAUAAACAAGUACAUUGACCUUAUUGAUUAAAAUCGAUAAUCUAC